AUGGCUAGGCAUGCAGUCAUUUGCCCCUGGUCGUUCUUAGAUGUAGAGAAGCACACUUUGCCUCGCUCGUAUGCCUCGGUGCUCGCAAAACCAGUGAUUUCUGUGGCCGACCUCCCGCCACCGGAAAUGCAUGAAGGCAGAACAACAGUGACAAUUUCAGAGGAGGGGUACCGUCUUGGAUUGGAGAAGUGUAAACAUAUGCUUUUGGCACGCCUCCAUUUGGCUCCGGGAGAAAAGCACUAUUCUCAUACCGACCUUCAUAAGAAACUGAGCCUUGUCUGGGGAGCGAUAGGUCCUUGGCGUUUCAUUCCGAUGGGUAAGGGGUAUUUUACCUUCUGUUUUUCCUCUGAGGAGGUGCUCGCCAUGGUAUGGGGAAUAGGGGCUAUUGCGUUAAAGCCUGGAAUUCUGAGAUUUAUGCAGUGGACUCCCAAUUUUUCUCCAUCCAACCAGAGAAACACUAAUGCUCAAGUGUGGGUGCGGAUUUGGGACUUGGGUUUAGAAUUUUGGGAACCUAUUACUCUUUUUGAGAUUUCUCAUGGAAUUGGUGUUCCUAUUAAAGUUGAUCAGCAAACUUUGGAUAGGAGGUGUGGCAUGUAUGCUAGGGUUUUGGUAGAUGUUGAUUUGUCCUCUGAUCCUCCAUGUGAAUUGACGGUACGUAGGAAAACUGGGGAGAUGGUGGUGGUGGAGGUGGAGUACGAGCGCCUCCCUGACUUCUGCUAUCACUGUGGGAAUGUGGGCCAUAGGGUUUCUUCAUGUAAUUUGUUACAGAAAUGUACAAAUUCAAGGCAGCAUGAGGAGACUGAGGGUGCUCGUGGCCGUUCACGUAUGCCCCGUCGCCGCCGACGUAAAACUAAGCAGGUUUAUGUUCAAAAACAGCAGGAAGAACACGCUAAUGGGAAGCAAGUGAUUGUUGCCAAUACUCCUCCUCCUGUGAUAGAUGAUCCUAGAGAAGGGCCGUCUUUCACUACGAGGUCUCCCCUUCCUAAUCCUAUUGCAACACAGCUAAUGGGUAAUGCAAGUGGUACAGAUGGUAACAUGGAUCUUGCUGUGGAAGUGGAGCUUCCUGCUCCUUCCAUUGUGCAACCUGUGGAGCCGGUCAUCAGGGAGAUACAGAUACCAGUGGCUAAUAUGCCUCUACUUGAGAAGGUGCGGCCAAGUAGGGAUAAGGAGCUUGAAGAUUCUAGUGAAAAUGAUAGUGCUCAGAAUGUUAAUGGUGAGGAGGUAGUGAUACCAGAGCCUUUAAAGGUGGUUGCCUCCUCUCAAACUUCUCUUUGGUAUGAAGAAACUCAUCGUCUUGAGGAAGAAGAAGAAUUUACAACAGUUGUGUCCAAAGCUCAGAGGAAGUCUAUGCGUAGGGCAACUCAAAAUGAAAACAGGGAGGAGUACCUCCGUCGUACUAAAAUGGUUUCUCAAUGA